CAAGGGCUAGGGCUUCUUCAUUCCAGGUAAGAAAGAGCAAUGUAGGGUUGCGCUAGCUAGGGAAGAUCAAGGUCACCAUGGAUCUCUUACCGCCGCUGCUAAGAUUGUGGCCGCCGCCGCUCCUACUGCCACUGCUCCUCGUUCUUGUGGGUUUCAUCCACUGCCAGACCGACUUGGAGUGCCUCAGCGAGUUCCGCCUCUCGGUCAUCGAUCAAUCGGGCUACCUGAGCUCCUGGUCCGCCAACAGCAGCUCCAGCAGCUCCAUUUGCAACGCUGUGGGCGUCCAGUGCCUCCACCCAUCCGAGGCCAAGAUUUAUUCCCUAUCCCUCCGCGCCGCCGGCCUCUCGGGCUCCUUCCCCCGGGGUCUCGACAAAUGCUCCAGUCUCACGGGCUUGGAUCUCUCGGGCAACUCCUUCUCGGGCGCCAUCCCCGCGGAUCUCUGCAAAUCGCUGCCCUUCCUCGUCCGCCUCGACCUCUCGGGCAACGACUUCUCCGGAUCGAUCCCCGGCGAGCUCUCCCAGUGCCAGUACCUUAACGCCCUGGAUUUGCAGCAGAACCACCUCACUGGCAGCAUCCCCGGGCAGCUCGGUGUUCUUCCGCGCCUCGCGGAGCUCCACCUCGAGGGCAACCAGCUCAGCGGCGAGAUCCCGCCCAUCCUCGCCAGUCGCCCCGCGCCGAAUUUCCAGUUCCAGGACAAUGCCGGGCUGUGCGGUCCGCCGCUCUCCAAGAGCUGCGGCGGCGGGUCGAAGGCCAGCGCCGGGAUCAUUGCCGGGACUGUGGUUGGCGGCGCGGUGAUCCUUCUCGCAAUCACCGCCGUGGCGUUCUACUUGAGCCGCCGGCCCAAGACGAUGCGCGACGACACCACCUGGGCCAAGAAGAUCAAGGCGCCGCGCAGCAUCACCGUGUCCAUGUUCGAGCAGUUCCUUGUCAAGAUCAAGCUCUCGGAUCUCAUGGCCGCCACCGAGAGCUUCUCGCGGGACAACGUCAUCGACGCCGGAAGCGCCGCCACCGGGGUGGCGUACCGCGCGACGCUCCGGGACGGGUCCGUACUGGCGGUGAAGCGCCUGGCGCCCGCGCCGCGCGGUAGUAGCAGCGACGCCGCACAGUUUCGGGCCGAGGUGGAGGCGUUGGGCCUGGUCCGUCAUGCCAACCUGGUACCGCUACUCGGGUACUGCGUCACGGGCGGCGAGCGGCUCCUCCUGUACAAGCACAUGACCAACGGCACGCUGUGGAGCUGGCUGCAUGACGCCCACGGCACGCUGGACCGGCUCGACUGGCCCGCGCGGCUCAAGGUGGCGCUGGGCGCGUCGCGCGGCAUGGCUUACCUCCACCACGGCUGCAACCCGCGGAUCCUCCACCGGAGCCUCAGCACGCACACGAUCCUCCUGGACGACGACUUCGACGCGAGGAUCACGGACUUUGGGCUAGCCCGGAUCGUGGCGCCCGCGGGCGGCCACCUCAAUGCGGACGUCCUUACCGCCGGCGGCACGGUGGGUGACCCGGGCCACGACGCGCCCGAGUACCGCCGGGUGCCCAUCACUACCGCCAAGGGCGACGUGUACAGCUUUGGUGUCGUGCUGCUCCAGCUGCUAACGAGCCAGAAGCCGCUGGACGUGACGGUGGGCGAUUUCAAGGGGAGCUUGGUGGAAUGGGUCGGGGCGCUCUACGCGAGUGGGCGGAGCGGCGACGCCAUCGACAAAUCGCUCAGCGGUGGCGCUGCGGACGAUGGGGAGCUGCUCCAGGCGCUCAAGAUCGCGUGUGGGUGCGUGCUCUACGCGCCCAACGAUCGCCCAUCCAUGCUCGAGGUGUUCGAGCAGCUGAGGAAGAUCGGGGAGAGGUAUGAUUUCACUGACGAGGGCGAUGAGAUCCCGAUUGCCGCGGCUGCUAGCGAUGAGACAGCGGCGACGCAGCAGCGAUCCAACGGGAAUGGGGCGAGCUUGUGAAGGAGAUCGAUCGUUUGUGACAGUAUAUUGCUAAUAGCUAAUGCUUGAAAAUGCAAGUGCUUGGAUUA